AUCAACUGCUAUUAUUGCACUUCCUUAUAAAUGAUUUUCUGAAGACAAAAUGCAUGGUACAGUACUUGUUUAUUAAACCACGAAAUGCAUAGGAAAGCUUCUGUGAUCAAAUAGACAAUUAUGGUUCUAAACCUUGAUGAAACAGUGGGUUUCACUUGCUCCACUACUGUAAUAUGUGCCCAUCUGAGAGAGCAAAUGGAAACUACUGAAAUAUAUGCCCCUCUAUGACAGCUUUCAAUUUGAAGAACUGGACAUAUGGAUAUGUACCCAUGCCCGACACCCGUAACCGAGUCCAGGUAUAAUAGAAUGGAAAGGGAACAAAACAGCAAGUUGUGCAGAUUAUGCUAUACAGUUAUUGAGUAUGAUGAAAAAAGGAAGUUUGAUGCAACCCAGAACCAUGCUGAAGUGACAGACUAAUUUACUGCCGCAGAUCGUAAACAAACUCCUCAGUCCUCACUGCUUCCAUUACUUUUCUUCUGCUUUACGCUGCUGCAGUGAAAGCACAAACAAACAAGUUUCCCUUGAAGACCACAGCUUUUGGGUAUUGGACUAAGACGGACUUACCAAUUUGGGCUACUACAUUUAUUCUUCUUGGCCCAAUAUUCACACACAUAUAUCUGUUUAGUCCUGUCUGUAAUUUGUACUGUUCAUCUCUUUCAGAAGAUGUCAGUCUUUGUAGCCGUUGUAACACACUUUCGAAAUGAAAGAAAACUAAGAUAUUUUCUCUAAUCUUCUUCAUUCAUUCUUCUUCUUCUUGUAAAUCUUCUUCUGCUACAUUCUCUAACUUGUGACAACACUUUGCAUACACGAAGUUUAACAAGAAUCGUACAAGUCGCUUGGGAAGGGAGUAACUGGACCAAACCAUCUACCGCUGCCUAUUCUCUAAUCAAAAUGUCAACGAGAAAUAGUAAGCGGAGGGACAACAUGUUGCAGUUCCGGUCUAAUCUUGGAGCAAUUGGGACUCUUAUGAAAAGCUUAAAUCUAAGAGAGCAACAUGAACUGCUACUUCAGAAAACACCUUUCUGGCAUUUGCUCAGUCAGUUCUUAGGAGGAAAACAGCCUGAAGUCAAGAUAAGAAAAUCUCAUAAUGUAAUCGUGGAUUUAAUAAGAACGUAUGACGAAAGGGAGAAUGGAUUCAUGUUGGCAGGAAAGAAGGUAGAACUCUCUGAAAAUGAUAUUACGCUUAUUUUUGGUGUGAUGUCGGGAGACAAAGAGAUUUCCACUGUAAGAAAGAUCCAGUCAAAAGUUUCAUUAUUCGUCUCACGGAGAUUCAGAGACGUAAAAACUCUAAGGUCACCCAACAUCAAGAGUGCACUACAAGAAGUAAUUGAAAGUGAAGAUGUUGAUGAUGUGGAAGACGUUGCACGUUUGUUGAUGCUGUACGUUUGCCAAGCCCUAUUCUUCUCAACAACUACGGAUGCCCUUCCAUGGACAUUUGUUUAUUAUAUUGAAGACUUGGAAGAAGUGAAGAACUACAAUUGGUCAAGAGCCAUAAAAAACAAUUUGAUGGACUCGAUCAAGAAUUUUGUGAUAACUCCUGUCAAAGUGACAGGUUGUGUGACUGUGUUGUCGUACUGGUUUUGUGAACACACUAACGUGUUCAGCCCAGUUGACUACGCAAAGUUCCCAAGAUUUCUGAAAUGGGACCUUCAAAAAUGGUCGAAGGACUUCAAGGACCAAUACAUCUCAACACUCACAGCAGAUAAGGUUUUUGAACGUGACCUCAUCCACACUGAUGAGGAGACACAAAUACUUGGAGAGAGUCAAGAAAUAUUUGAGUUCUAUGAUUUUAUUGAUGGAAAGCAUGUAUUGGUUGGGACAUCAAAGAAGAGUAUUUACACCACUGGUACUGACGAGAGCACACCAGGCAUUAGGUCAGUUCCAAGUGACACUGGCGAUUCAACUACUUGUGUCUCAGUCAGCAAUGAUGAAGGAAUCAAGCUUCGUAAAACUGAAGAGAGCACACCCACUUCCAUUGAUGAUAUUGAACAACCAGAGACAACGAAUCAAGACGAGUUUGCGCAUUCUGAAAUAAUGAGAGAAGAUUUGGAGAAAGCUCGAGACAAAGUGCUUAUAGUUGAACAGGAAAAGGAGGCAAGGAAUAUUGAAUUGCAGAAGCUUAAAGCUGAAAAUGUGCAACUCGUUGCACAGCUUGAAGAAAAAAUUGCUCAACUGGCAAAGUCUAGCCAAUUAAAUAUCAACCUUCAAAAUAAGUUGGAAGGUUUUCAAGCAGCAGUCAAAACAACAAAGCAAGAAGACAAUCUUCAAAGAAUAAUGGUUGCUCUGGAGAAAAUUUGUGAAAGAGUCAAUCUUGAAAAUGAUGAACUAAAGAAGGAGGUGGCUGACAAGAAGCAAAAAAUAAAGAGGUUGAAAGCAAGUCUCUCUGAGAUAAAGAAGACAAAUAAUGACCUAUUCGAUCAAGGUAGGAACAGUUCACCUCAAUUGGCAACAAUGGAGCGGAGAAGGGCUGAUGAGAAUGUCGCAAGACUUGUUGAAGAGCAAAAGAGAGAGAAAGAAGAAGCGCUCGAAAAGAUACUUCAGUUGGAAAAGCAGCUGGAUGCUAAACGGGAGUUGGAAAAGGAAAUUAAAGAGCUAAAAAGGUUACUGGUGAUGAAGUGCCUUGGUGAAGAUGAUGCUGCCGUUCAAGAGAAGAUGAAAAGGAUGAAUAAGGAUUUGGAGAAGAAAGUUGAUAGACUCGAUGAUAUGGAGGAUCGGUACAACAUUCUAGUGUUAAAAGAGCGCCAGAGCAAUGAUGAGCUCCAAGAAGCUCGUAGAGAGCUAAUAUCGGGGUUGAGUGAGAUGCUGGGGACACACACUACUGACAUUGGAAUAAAGAGAAUGGGAGAAAUUGAUUCAAAACCAUUUCAGAACAAGUGCAAGGAGAUAUUUUCUCCUGACGAAGCAAUGGUGCAGGCAGCCAUCGUUUGCUCUUUGUGGCAGGAAAAUUUGCUGGAUCCGCAAUGGCAUCCAUUCAAAAUAAUAUCUAGUGAAAAUUUUUUCCAGGAAAUAAUAGAUGAAGAUGACGAAAAGCUACGGAAUCUCAAGGAGGAAUGGGGAUCUGAAAUCUACAUGGCAGUUGUAACUGCUUUGAAGGAACUCAAUGUGUAUAAUCCAAGUGGGAGAUAUGUGAUUUCUGAGCUCUGGAACUACAAGGAAGGAAGAAAAGUUACAUUGAAGGAGGUCAUGAGUUACAUCUUGGAAAAUAUCAAGUCGCUUAAGCGUAAAGGACUUGAAGGUGCUGCUGAAAGUGGAACAUCAAGUUUGAAGAGGAAGUAUAGUGACCUUUGAAGUGUAGUAUUCAGGACCUUUUCUCCUUGGAACUCUACUUUAUGCUGCUAGAUAGCUUAAUCUGAUUAUCGUUAUAAAGGUAGUGUUUUUCUGUAUGUCAUGGAGUUACUUAUAAACCUUGUUAAUUCUGGUGUCAACUACAUCACAUUUCAACUGUAAAUGUUUUAUUGGGAAAUUUUCUUAGUGACAAAUGCUUGCAUGUACUACAUGCUCAUUUGUCUCGAAGCUCUUAUCUCCUCUCUGCCCCAUGUUCCUACCUGCUCACAUCUCUCUCUCUCUCUCUCUCUCUCUCUCUCUUAUUUUGAUGGGGGAGGGGAAUUGGAAAAGAAAAAGAAAACAAUGGUCAAUGGUGAUGAAUCUUGGGGAUAAUAUUGUGUUUUAUUUUACAGGCAAGUUACAUUGUGGAAACAUAGGCAAAGGUUCUCUUGCUAUGGAGUAUGGACGAAUGGGAGUAAAGAAGCUAAUAUAUGAUUAUAAGAUUAGGAUAGACACUUGGAGCAUAGGGUCACGUAUUGGAAGACUUAGACGUAGAUUUAACAUAAUGUGUAUACAUGAGACUAAAUGGGUUAGUAAAAAAUCUAGAGUAAUUGAAGAUAUACAUUGGAAUGAAUAAAAGUAGAAAUGAUGACAAACGCAUACUUGGAUGAGACUAAAUGGGUUGGUCAAUAUUGCACUGGUAAAGAAAUGAUUCUUGAACUUGUUUGUAUCAUAUUGAAUGGAGUUGGAUGCAUGAUUUAAUAAAAAAAAAGGGCCCAAUAUUGCACUGGUAAAGAAAUGCAACCCCGAAGCAUGAGGAGACAGAUUAACUUGACUGCUGCAGAUUUUAAACAAACUCCUCAGUCUUCACUGCUUCCAUUACUUCUCUUCUGCUUUAGUCUGCAGACUGCAGUGAUAUAAAUGUAAGCACAAACAAGUUUCUCUUAAAGACCACAGCUUUUUGGGUAUUGGACUUAGACUUACCAAUUUGGGCAACUAUAUUCAAAAGAUGUCAGUCAGUCUGUACUCUGUAUAGCCGUUGUAACACACUUUUCGAAUGAAUGAAAACUAACAUAUUUUCUGUCUUCUUCUUCUUCUAUCAAUCUUCUUCUAGUUCUUCUGCUACAUUCACAAACUUAUGACAAGAUUUUGUAUGCACAAGGUAUAGCAAGAAUCGACCUUCACAGUUUGGAUCAACCAUCUCCCGUUGCCUAUUCUCUGUAAUUAGAAAAUCUAACUGCAAAAUCAGGUAUUUACUUAUCCUCCUCUACUCUGUUUCUUCUUCGCCUUUUUUUGUGUCUCUUAUACUGGUGAGAUUUAGUAUCUGUCUGAAGCCUUAAAGCAUUUUGCCUCUACUUUCAACUUCUAUAAUUGGCCCGUUUGUGGUUUUGAGAGGCCAUGCAUGUCUAUUCUGCAACUCAGGUCUACUGUUAAAUAUUAAUGAGAUCCUUUCUACUUUUUGCUUUGGGGGGUGA